GUUCCCGUUAUAGCUGUUUUCACAGAUUUUGACCGAUUGAUGGACGAGACGAUAUAUACGCUGUGCACGGAUGACAGUAAGACUUACGACCCGCGCUCACCACAGAAUCAGCUUUCUGCGAGCGUCAUAGACGCAGCCAGAGAAUCCGUUGUACAGCAAUUCGAAGCGGGGUAUAAAACUGUCUUGAUGCAAACACCUUACCCUCCCGAUGCGGUUGUCGCAAUACCCAACUCCCGUAAAUCUACUCGAGCGCGCAAUUACCUUGCGGACGUGGUUCAGGCAACGAUGACUUCGCUCAGAAGUGGCGAUGAACUUGCCAGGGGUCUUUCUGGUCAUCGUUUAGAAGCCCUGUUUGUUGCGGCUCAGAGAGCAGAUGUCGAUCCCAAGUACCAACUGUCGCUUUUGUAUGGACUUCCGGAUACAAUCUCCCAGAUAGAACUUGAGGUCCCGCGUCUUCCUUUUCGGCGGAGGCUUAUUCAAAUCUGGGGUACGUCUUUUACUGUGACAGAAAUCUUAUCUACGUUCAAAAAAUAUGUUGAGAAUGAUCGGCGAACCAUUGGUAAUAGUGCUGUCGGCUCCAUUCCUCGCCCAGAACUCGCAGCUAUGUCCGCCUUGGAGCGCAAAGGAUGUAGAUGUGCGCAAUUAGUGGCUGAUCUAACAUUCAUCAUGGCGCAGAUUUUCUUGCUGAAAAUCCAAAAGGCUUAUGUCCUGGAAGCUCUCAUCAAAGAGUACACAGGCUCGGAUGCGUUUAGAUCCAUACAGGAGGGUGUAAUCAAAAUAUACCGGUCUUCUCGUAGGAAUCGGCAAAGCUUGGGCGAUGGGACACGGAUUGUCAUGCCGCAAAUCCAACGCCAGCUGGAAGACCUUGUGAGGCGUGUCUCCUCCAAUGCGGCAGAUCGGUUCAGGCUGUUGAUAAUUGGGAAGCCUGGUGAUGCCAAGGUUACGAUCCUCCACAAGGUUUUAGGCGAAGGAAGUUUAAGCACUGUCCCUAAAAUCUCCAACGAAUACCGCAUUUUUGCGGAAACAACGUCCAGUGAUAAUGGCUUUCUAGUAGUUCAUGACGCGGACGAGCCGGAGGGUCAAAAGGAACUUUGUGUCAUCACACAAUUUAUGGCGUCUCGCAGAGGAGAAGACCUAAAGAAGCAGCUGCAUGCAAUAUGGUACAUACUGGAGCUCUCAGGGAAAACCAAAAUUACUGAGCUGCCAUUCUUCGCUGUGCGACACGAAGUGCCGGUGGUGGCAAUCAUCUGUCUACCCUUCGAAAUGAUUCCGGAGGACGCCCUGCGCAUUAAAUCUGCGCAUGCUGCUGCAUUGAAGCAGACUGCGUACCCUCCUGAAGCCCUCGUGAUGGUGAUCGAGCCGCGGAAAUCCACACCAAAGGAUAGUCAGUUGACUGAAUUGAUCCAAGCAACUAUUGAAUUGCUUAGAGUUGGUGAUAAAAUCCCGAGAGAUGAUCCACGCCGUCAGUUGGAAAACCUUUUCGUUGCCGCUCAAAUGGCAGAUGUUCGACCUAAACGACACCUGUCAUUAUCGUAUGUGUUCCUGUAAUCUUGGAGAACGAAGCAGAAUUCCCACCAACAUUGUCACAGAAACUGAGGGUCAUUCAGAUUUGGGACAUCCCUUGGCCGGUGGA